AUACUUUCUUCUAUUUGACUGUUUGUGUGAAAGAUUCUGUAUAACGUGUAUUCAAUUUGAAUAUUGAAAUUGAAGGAAUAUUUUUAAAAGAUAUGACUUUGUUUGGAACUGAAAUUGUAAUUAAAUGUGGUAAAUAUGUUUAACAGUGUAAUAUUACCUGUUUGAUUGUAACUCGUAAAUAAAAUAAUAAAUGUAACUUAUAAAGUCAUGUAUCAAUUUCUUACAUUAUGUUAAUUAAUUAUAUUAAUAUUGAUUAGUAUACAGCUGAUAGAAAAAACUGAAUAGUUAUAAAAUAAGUAGAAUGAUAGAAAAUAAACGGGAUGAAACGAGAGGAGACGAAACAAGUAUGGAACGAAAUGAGACGGGACGAAACGAGAGCUAAUUAAAAUAUACAGGACAAAACGAGAGGAUACCAUGGAUCGUACGUAUAUCAGAACAGGUAGUCACAUCUACAUAUACCUAAAAAAAGACUAAAACGAUUUCUAUGUCAUUACUGAGACAUUUUACUCUGACUUCUAUUCUCAACAUAAUUGUUUAUUAAAAUAUAUGAAAGUGGAGAAGAUAUGUUUAAAAAAUGAAACCCAUUAGAAAUGUCUUUAUAAGUAGAAUAUUAUAUGACAUUUUAUUUUUAUUUUAGUUAUUUUUAUCUAUCCAUUCACAAUGUGUCAUAUUUCCAAUUACUUAGUAUUAUUAUCCCUUUGUUUCGCUGUUUUAUUAUCUACGACAGUCAAUGGUCAAUGGUAUAUUAAAAAAGACUAUUCACUCGAUCGACCACCUUAUCCAAAUCCAGGCAAACGAAGUACUAUUUUAAAUUUAGAAGAUACUAUUAAUAACAGAAACUUCGUUGAUUGUACAAUAUCCUAUGAUGACCUCAUAACCGAUGAAGAGAAAUCUAUAUGGACAGUUUUAUGUAGUGAUACAAGACAAGAUGAUGAUAGACGGACUAACAUCAUCGAUGAUAAUGAUGAUGAUGAUGAUGAUGAUGAUGAUGAUGAUGAUGGUGAUGAUGAUGAAUUAUUAUCAUUUGAUUUACAACAUUUAAUACCACCACAUGAUAAAAAUAUACGUUCAAUUGUGAAUUGGAAAACAGAACCAAAAUAUUAUAAUAAACGAAUCAUUCAAUUAUUGAGAGGAUAUUAA